AUAUAUGUCCUUCUCACCGAGGUCUGGUAUACACCAGCGAACUUCUCAGCUGCACUACUUCUGUUCUGCACGUGGUGUGUGUCCUAAUUCAGAACGAGGUCAGUGCAGGUUCUGUAUCUCCAGGAAACAACAGCCAGCACUCUAUUUCAGGCGCAGGCAUCUGCGAACAACUGGGAGAACACGUGUAGCGGCACUUUCUGCACGGUGAGGACUAUAGCUGAGCUGUUACCUUACAGCAGAUAUUUACCAAGUCACCUCUGCAAUCACUGAAGUGGGUGUUUCAGCAGAGUACCACCAUUGUACGGGUGUCGUCUGAGGGCAGUUUUCCGGUCGUCGACCUCGAGCUGACAUCAAACUAAUCUGCUAUGGAGGAGCUUGACAAAUACAGCAUUGUGCACUUUAUUCUGCCCGACAUCAACGCAGUCCCAAGAGGUAAACUGGUGAUAGGGAAAGCGAAGUAUGACACUGCAAAAAAUGGUUUGGAGAUGUUUGUAGGUACGCCGCUGACCGGGCCCAACUGCGAGUUCCCGUUGACCUUACCACACAUCGGCAAAGCGCUUCCAAACAACGAGGCGCGCCCACAGCUGGACACCUUGGUGCCGCUGCCAUGGUUACAACAGGACCAACGCAGCACAGGGAGCAUUCUUUGUGGCUUCUACACAGAGGACGGGAGUCCCAACACCUCUGCUCCCAGACAGCUACUGCAGGUUCAGGUAGACAAACUAAGGAAAGAGCACGACCUUCUGAUCAAAACUGCGUUUGAGUACGAAUUUUACGUCUUCCGGGAGGGCACGCUUGACCCCCAUUGCAACGAGAAGGUGCGUCCGCAGGGAAUGGACAUGUAUGUUGUCCAGGAAAAUCAAGGAGUUCUCUAUGAACUAACCAAUGUUCUAGAAAGUAUGGGCGUUAACGUAAACUCCAUCAUGGCCGAGUUUUCACCGGGGCAAUGGGAGUUCACUACCGAACCGGAAGAAGGAGUAAAGGGAGGUGACAUUGGGUUCUACGCCAAGACUGCCACAAAAGGCUUCUUCAGGUCUCGAGGCUUUGACGCCACGUUCAUGACUCGGCCUGUCCUGACGAGAGCGAACAGCGGUCUGCAUCUCAACCACUCCUUGUGGAAGGCGUCGGAGCCAGGAGAGAAUGCCUUCCUCCAGCGUGACGCCGCCAACAAGCUGUCCACAACAGCGAAACAUUGGUUGGCGGGGCUGCUGGCCCACGCUCCCGCCCUCACAGCCAUGUGUUGCCCUACCCCCAACUGCUAUCGCCGUAUGUUCAACUUCUGCACCCCGGGUCUCGCCACGUGGGGUCUGGACAGCAGGAUCGCUGUGGUGCGCGUCAGAACGAGGAAGGACAACGUGUUCGUUGAGAGCCGCCUGCCGUCGGGAGCAGCCAACCCUUACCUGGCGCUGGCGGCGACCAUUGCAGCUGGCAUUGAUGGGCUGAACAGAAAGUUGGAGUGUCCGGAGGAAGCGAGUGCCUCGGCCGUCGCUCUUCCGAAAUCUCUAUCCGAGGCAUUGGACGCCCUCGACAAGGACGUGGAGCUGCGAGCUGUGCUGGGCGACUUUUUCGUGGACAGCUUCAUUGUCAGUAAACGAGAAAACGAGCUGAAACCCUACGACUCGGCGAAGCUGAUCACAGAGGAAGAGAAAAUCGCCUUUGAAAGACAAACUUAUUUAAAAAUUCUGUGAACCUUUGUACUGCCAUCUUCGUGUGCCUUCACUAUUAUCUAGAAGCUGAUUCAAAACGAGUCAAAAAGUCAUAAAACGUUAUACUCACAGUAAGCAGGUAGAACACGUGUACAACAGAAACAGACAUAAUAGACAGUUUAAAACAAAGAUUGUCGUCAAGGGUUGCUGAUAUGAAUAUUCAGUUGGUUACAAGGUUUGUAUUCGUUCUGGCAUUUCCAGUCAUAUCAAGAUACUUUGACAAUAUCUAGACAGGUCUCCUCUAAGCCUGAACUGUUAUUUUCAUCCACAUAUUACCAACCUCAUAUCUGGAAUUAAGGUAUGCUAGUAACUUUAUAAUAGCUGAAACAGUAACUAUAAUAUUUAAGUAAUUUUUAAGCGUGACAGUAUUUUGUUUUGCUUACCUCAUGAUUUUUCCUACAUUAAGAUGCUCAGCUUGA